AUGAGUGAUAAUUUACAACACCAACAAAUAGAAGAUAUUGACGACGCAGAAUACAUCAACCUUGCUGAAGUUGAUGAAGAAAUUCAAGUUUCCGAUGAUUUGCCAGUCCCAAAUGAAUCUGAAUUUCAAGAGGAUAAACCAGAAGAACAACAACCUUUAGAGAUAGCACCGGCGGAUGAACAACCCGAUAUCGAAAUUGAUAUGAGUAACAAUAGUAUUGCUUAUUUUGAUAAACAUAGUGAUAGUAUUUUUUGUGUCUCACAUCACCCUAAAUUGCCCUUAGUUUGUUCUGGUGGUGCGGAUAAUGUUGCAUAUCUAUGGACUUCUCAUUCUGUGCCACCUAAAUUUGCUCAAUCCAUUGAGCAUAGUGAGAGUGUCAUUGCCUGUGCAUUUACUAGUCAACAAGGUAAAUAUUUAAUCACAUGUGAUAUGAAUGGUAUUUGUAAGGUGAGCAAAAGCUCUAAAGAUGGCUCUCGUUGGAAAAAUAUUGGUGAAUUACAACAAUGCGAUGAAAUUGUUUGGAUGAAAACCCAUCCCACUAUCGAAUCAAUUUUCGCAUUUGGCGGAAUUGACGGCAGUGUAUGGUGCUAUUCUAUUGAGGAAUCAACUGAUGAAUUAGUUUUGUUAAUGAGUGGAUUUGCCCAUCAACAGGAUUGCUCUAUGGGUGAUUUCUUACCAUCAAUUCAAAAUGAUACUAAUAAUCCAUCACCUGUCCAAUUAGUUACAUGUUCUAUAGAUGGAACCAUAGUGGUCUGGAAUUGUUAUACUGGUGAUAUUAUUCACAAAUGGACAAGCAGUGACUUCAAAGGGCUAGAAUGUCCCUGGAUAUCAUUAAGUUGUUUUACCAAAAAUAUUGCUUGUGUCGGAUCAAAUAAUGGGUGCUUAACCGUAAUAAACUGUACUAGCGGACAUGUUUUACAUUUGAAUCCAUGUGUUAUAACUUUAAAACCGGAAGAGGAAGAGUCUAAUGCAUCCAUCGAAAGUAUUGCCUGGUGUACUUCUGGUGGGAUGCCGUUAUUAUGUGUCGGUUUAGUCAGAGGCGAUGUGCUACUUUAUGAAACAACUUCUAUGAGACUAAGAUCUUCGGUUACACUGCCCGAUAGUGCUACCAAGAUUUUAUUUAGAGAUUUAGAUAUUUUCAUUUCCUGUAUUAACGGGAAUGUUUAUAAAUAUGAUGCAAGAAAAUUUCAUGAACCCACUUUUACAUGUGUCGGUCACAACACGGGUGUUCUAGAUUUUUGUUUUGCUGGUAAGGAUAAAAUAGUUACUGCUGGUGACGAAGGUGUAUCGUUAAUAUUUAAAUGUUAA